AUGUCUUUGGGAUAUAUUCAAGCCCAGGCAGAUCACUCCAUGUUCACAUUUCGAACUGCAACUUCAUUCACAAUAUUGCUGAUUUAUGUUGAUGAUGUGGUAUUAUCAGGUGACUGCAUGACAGAGAUCCAAAGGGUUAAAGAUUUUCUUCAUGCACAUUUUCGUAUUAAGGAUCUUGGCAAGCUCCGUUAUUUUCUUGGCUUAGAGGUUGCUCGUUCCAAGUCUGGAAUUCUUCUAAACCAACAAAAAUAUGCUUUGGAAUUACUGAUAGAUGCUGGACUCCUUGCUGCAAAACCUGUCUCCACUCCGAUAGUUCCAACUUUAUCUGCCACUCAAGUGCAGAGUCCUCCAUUAUCGGAUCCUUCAAUUUACCGUCGACUGAUUGGUAGGCUAUUAUACUUAACUACAACUCGACCAGACAUUGCAUACGUUGUUCAUCAUCUGAGUCAAUUUGUUGCUUCCCCAUGUGAUCAUCACCUUACUGCUGCUCAACGAAUUUUACGGUACCUGAAGAAUGCUCCUGCUAAUGGACUCUUCUAUCCUUCACAUGGCUCCUUGAACAUAAGAGCCUUUGCUGAUUCUGACUGGGCAUGCUGUCCUCUUACUCGCAAAUCUGUUACAGGCUUCUGCAUCUUCAUAGGAGAUUCAUUGGUAGCUUGGCGUUCGAAGAAACAGACCACUGUCUCCCGUUCCUCUUCAGAAGCAGAAUACAGAGCUUUAGCUAGUCUCUCUUGCGAGUUGCAGUGGUUCCAAUACCUCUUUCAUGAUCUUGGCUUACCAUGGCACACUGCCUCUGUUCACUGUGACAACCGGUCCGCUAUGUACCUUGCUCACAAUGCAACAUUCCAUGAACGCUCCAAGCAUAUUGACAUUGACUGUCAUGGUACUCGUGACAAGAUCCGUUCUGGCCUCCUUCGCCUUCUUCCUGUAUCAUCAGCUAAUCAGGUCGCAGAUAUGUUUACCAAAUCACUAUCAUCCUCACUUUUCAUCUCUGGUGUGUCCAAGCUUGGCCUCGUAAACUUACUCAGUCCAGCUUGCGGGGGGCUCUUACCAAAGUCAUACAUAUCUGACUCAAGCCCAGAGUUAAUUGAUCCAGGCCCAACUCAUCAAGUUAACUUCUCCUUCUCACACAUUAUCAAGCCACGUGGAACCAAUCAUGAUAGAUGGAAGAAUAACUGA